UUAGUUGAAAUUUUCCAUUUUUUUGGUUGUUUUCAGCAGAAAAUCUGGUUAUUCUUUGUUUUUCUGGAAAAUCAGUUGCUUUCAACUGAAAAAAUAGUUAUUUCGUCAUUGUUUCUUUUUCCGUUUCGUUAGUUUUUUCAUGAAAAUUAAAAUAUGUUUCUUUUUUAAUUUUACUGUUAUUAUAAUUAUUCAUGUCGCUGUUAGUAAAACUCAUUUUUUCAUUGUUCUACACUGGUUAUUUCGUUGGAUUUUUUCUUUAAAAACCUUGUCACUUGGUUGUUUUUUGUUUGCAAAACCUUCAUUUCACCGUUUUGGCUUGGAAAACUAGAUAUUUGAUUAGAAAUUGAGUUUUUCGAUGUUUCCGAUUUAAAUUUUUUUCUAGCUUGGAGAAGAAUCGGUUGAACUGAGGAAAAAUAGAGAGAAGCUACAAAAUAUAUCGAAUUGCACGAAGAGAACUUUUUUGCUAAGAUUUCCCCCCUAUUUUGUUUGGCCUACACAGGCGAACUGGGGAGAAUCGCUUAAAGUGGAGAAAAGCGGCAUCAUAAUCCGAAUUGCAGAAAAUAAUUCCUUAAACCGAUGAUUUUAUUCUGCUUUGAAAAACUGAUUAUUUAGAAUUUUUUUAAGAAAAUUGCAGGCAACUUGCUAGACAAGAAUUGCUUGAAGCGCCAGAGAUUUGACAAUAGCGGCAAAAUAUACUGAAUUUGCAGAAAAGAAUCGCAUUCAGCGGCGAAAAAUGGACAAAAGUACUUAGAGCGUCUUAAAAGAAUUGCUUGACUAGAGAAAAAUCGUUUAAAAAACGACAAAGACACACAAAAGCAUCGCUAAAUGUGGCGGAAAAGCUGCCGUGGUCGUGCAUAGAAGCAUGCCAGCAGUCGGCGGGAUUCGAACUGUGUAUCUCCCAAGCGGUGGUUAAAACUUCGAAGCAUUGUUAAUAAAAGAACUUCAUUCCUCUGACCUUAUUCUGAAUCUAUUCAGAGAUCGUAUUUUCUUGAGCAGAGCUUCAUUUUAUCUAAAAAUGUCCUUGUGCACUUGGGCCACUGUAGUCUCGACUGUGCCUUCUCAGAGCGUGAAUGCCGUCCACACGCGCAAUUUUUCAGAUAAUCAAGAACCGGUUCCUAUGUCGACAUUUCUUUAUUUCCUUGAAUUACUGGAGGCAUUAAACAGCGAUGGAAAUGACACCAGCUGCAACGCAAGUCAAUUUUUUUUCUGUCAAGAAAGCACUAACAACUCCACUUCAAGCCUUUUCGACGGCUACAAUGACUCUGCCAACGGCCUUGACAGAUUCUUCGAUGAUCUGUCAAAUGACGGCAUUGUUUUUGGAGGCAGCGAAGAUAGCACAAGCACAAGCACGCCGUGGACUUGUGAGCCGGCAUUUUUAUCUUUGAAUUCGGAAUAUUAUGCCACACAUGGUUUUGACUAUGUUUUUCCCUUGGAAACCUCGGCCUCAUACAAGCAAGAUUUUAUGAAAUCUGGACAUAUGGUCGACAGGGGAUUUUGCGAUUGGUCGCCUGAAUGGUUUGAAGAGGAGGAAAAUCAAGGAAAAGGUAUUUCAUUACAGAGUGUUGAAAAAAUACAGUAUUCUUUAGAAAAUGAAGAUGGCAUCAAUGCGAUGGAAGCGGUCAAGCACAAGCGGAAAGAAAUAUGUAAAGUUCCAUUUUCCUCUCCACUGUGCUUUUAAAAUUCUGUCAUUAUAGCCUGUUUAGGAAAAAAAAUUAACAUGUAACAGAGUUAAGAUAGGAACCCCAAAUCAAGUGCCUUUUGAUAAGGUAGGUAAAGAACAAAUCUAACACCUUACCACUAAGUUACCAGACAUUUUCAGUUCACAAUGUUGAUUGUUUUCAAUAAUGAUAAGGGUUUUCUUUUAA